ACUAGCCAACGAGUGAGAGCGAGAUAGGAAGAGAGAACAACUACAAUUAUGUCAGCUGAAACACUUAAGCCGUUUAUACAACCAACGAGUGCCGUUAAUAUUUAUCCGGCCAAGCAAUCGAACGUAACAAGGAAGACCACCAGACAGCUUAUACCAAUUGUCUUAAGCAUUGUCGCACUCGUUCUCAUCGCUCUUAUCUUCACUUAUACGAUCUGGCAAACGAAACGCGUGCAACAGCUUGAGGAUGAUCUGGGCGCUUUGAGGCGCGAUAUGGAUAAUUUGCAGAAAAGACUGGGCCUCAAUUAUCUGGAGGAUCUUGCGGAAUUCGAAAAGGAGCUCGUUAACCUCGAGAACCCAGACGUCGGCGAAGAGGAUGAUGCGGAUGAGGAUGAUGCGGUUAGUUACGAGGACGAGGAUGAUGAGGACUCGGGCAACGAGCAUACGGACUACGAUGAAUACUUGGAUCUGAUUAAUCAGGAGAAGAGUGUGACCCAAGCCCUCUCACCGGACAACAGCAGCGAAAAGUCGGACACAGCGGCAUCCACCGCCGCCUCCAGCUCCAGCUCGUCGGCAUCCAAUGAUGAUAAUGUGUUUGAGGACUUCACUAGCUAUAACGAUUCCAAAAAGAAGAGGGAACGUAAAACUCGCUCCAUUGCCGAGAUGCGCAAUGAGCUGCCGAGCAACGAACUAGCAGAAAUUGCGAAGAACCAAAGCCGAAGUGCUGAGCAGACAAAGGAAAGCACUGUUACGCCCAAUAGCAACACUAAGCAGCAUCUGCACAAACAGCGACCACGCACACGUGAGGGCCGUCAACGACUUUUAGUACGCAAAGGCGAAUCUACUGUUUCAGCGAAAUCCGCAGAUUUCCCUGCCGCAAGCCGAGCAGCUGCACAUUUCCACUUGAAUCGCAAAGUGCCGCAACACGAGUCCUCCAUUCGGCUGCACUCUUAUCAAGGUGACAUGUACAUGGGACAUCCCACGGCCAGCAGCGACAAUCAGUGGCAGCAGCAUUUCAGCGUUCACAAUGGCGUCCUCACAGUCCACCAGGCGGGUCUCUACUACGUCUAUGCCCAGAUUUGCUACAAUAAUACGCACGAUCAGAAUGGCUUCAUUAUCUUCCAUGACAAUAAGGCAUUCCUGCAAUGCCUCAAUACGGUGCCUACGAACAUGCCCAAGGUUCACACCUGCCACACAGGAGGCCUAAUUCAGUUGCAGCAGCACGAGUCAAUACAUCUGCGCGACAUCCAUCGGGAUCGCAAUGUAAUGCUCCGGGAUGACAACAAUCGCAGCUUCUUCGGCAUCAUUAGGGUCUAAGCGAAUACGCGCUGCACAAGAACUUAAGCUUUAGUAGCUGCGACUACUCAGUUUUACGUACAUAUAUACAGCAAAGUGGAUGAACUAGCCUAGAACUUGCUUUAAUUACACU